AGCGAUUUCCCGCGAACACUUGUGAGCGCGCGCAGCUUCACCGCGAAGCGCAGGAGAGCUGAGGACUCUGAGCGCUGAUUCUCAGUGUGUCUGUACUACUACUACUGCUGCUGAUAUAGAGGAGUCAUGGCUAAACAGAGCUCUAUCUUUAAUUUCUUUACUAAGUCUCCGCCGCCUGUUACCAAGUCCAAGUCCAGCCCGUCCCCGGUGGAAGCGGAUUUACCGUCUUCAGUCAGUAAAUCCAGCGUUUCCCCGAAAGAGGAGGCUAAACUCGCCGCUCAGAGCGCUAAACCCAGCAGGAGCCUGGCUAAAGCUGCCCAGGCCAAACUGUUCGGAGAGAAAACUCUUCCUCCCAAACAGAGCUCUUCGUUCACUUUUCAUGCGGGUGAUCUGGUGUGGGCAAAACUGGAGGGGCAUCCUUGGUGGCCGUGUAUGGUAGUGCCCCAUCCUAUAAAUGGACAACAGAUGAGGGGCAAAGGCCGAGAUCAGAGAUCACAUGUACAUUUCUUUGAUGAGCCGCCAACGCGAGGCUGGGUCAGAACAAAAUAUAUUCGAGAGUAUAAAGGUUCAGACUCUGCUGAUGCUAAAACAGGUGGAUUGUUCUUCAGUGGUAAACCUGUGAUUCGCAGGGCGAUGGAACUGGCAGAUCAAGUUCUGCAGGACAUUCCUGAGGAAAGACUGAAGAUGCCACUCUGCAAGGAUGUUUCAGAUGAGGAAGAGGAUGAUGAGGAAGAAAUGGAGGUCGAAAAGUCAGUAGAAUCUAAUGAAGAGAUGUCAGAAGAAGAAGAAGAAGAAGUGAAAAAGGUGAAACCCAGUAGACGUUCAUCACGCGCCACAGUAGAGAAUGGUCAGAAGCCCAAACGUCGUCGUAUUGUUGUGGCCUCUGACAGUGAAGGCUCUGGGGAGGAGUUUAAGCCAGACCAAGUGGAAGGCAGCAGUGAAGAGGAAGAUGAUGGCGCUAGCAGUGGAGUCGUUGAAGAGGAAGAAGAGAGUAUGCCUGAGUCAGAACCAGACAGCCCAGUAAAACCUGUAAAACGCAAACGAGUGGCAGAGAAGCCUGCUAAAAAAAGUAAAUCUACACCAUCUGAGACUCCUAAAAGAGCUCCUGCUUCCCUUAAUUCUGUUGCAGUUGACACAAAAGCUCGACUCUCUGCUUUCUCUGCUCCAGAAAACUUCGAGAGUCAGGGAACUGCUGGAUCGGGAGGUGUGGAAGGGCAUGGUGUGUGGGAUCAUGAAAAACUGGACUGGUUACAAGAUGGCAAGAGGAAGGAUGCACGGAGGCGACGUCAGUCUGACGAAGACUAUGACCCCACCACCCUGUAUGUGCCUGAAGAGUUCUCUAACAGGGUUACGCCAGGAAUGCGGCGCUGGUGGCAACUCAAGUCGGAAAUGUUUGAUGCUGUUCUGUUCUACAAGGUAGGCAAAUUCUAUGAGCUCUACCACAUGGAUGCUGUGAUUGGUGUAAACGAGUUGGGACUUACCUUUAUGAAAGGCACUUGGGCACAUUCUGGAUUUCCUGAAAUAGGCUUCAGCCGUUUCUCUGAUGUUCUUGUCCAAAAAGGUUACAAAGUGGCUCGUGUGGAACAGACUGAGACUCCCGAAAUGAUGGAAGCACGAUGCAAGACCAUGGCACGUCCCACCAAAUUUGAUCGUGUUGUUCGGCGAGAGGUGUGUAGAGUAAUUACGCGGGGCACGCAGACCUACAGUGUACUCGAUGGUGCCCCUUCAGAGGUCCAGAGCAAGUACUUACUGGCUGUGAAGGAGAAGAACGAGGAGGAAAGUGCAGGGCAUGGCCACAUCUACGGAGUCUGUUUUAUCGACACCUCUGUCGGUCGCUUUCACGUCGGUCAGUUCCAUGAUGACCGUCACUGUUCCCGUCUACGUACUCUAGUUGCGCACUAUGCCCCAGCUCAGGUGGUGUUUGAAAAGAGCAACCUGUCAUUGGAGACGCGCAAGAUCUUUAAGGCCAUUGUGUCCUCUGCCAUGCAGGAGGCUCUCAAUGCUGGCACACAAUUCUGGGAUGCCCAAAAGACUCUGAAGACUUUAGCAGAAGAAGACUACUUCAAAGAAAUUGAGAAUGAAGGUGGUAAUGCAGGAUCCACACUCCCCACUGUCCUGAAAGCAAUGACCUCCGACAGCGACUCACUAGGUCUCACUCCUAAAGAGGGAUAUGAGCUUGCCCUGUCUGCCCUUGGUGGAUGCAUGUUCUAUCUUAAAAAAUGUCUUGUGGACCAGGAACUUCUUUCCAUGGCAAAUUUCGAAGAGUAUGUUCCAGUUGAUGUGGAAAUGGAGCAGGCAGAAGGUGCAUCAGGUUUCUUUGCCCGGACACGCCAACGCAUGGUCCUGGAUGGAGUGACUCUGACCAACCUUGAGAUUCUGCAGAACAGCUCUACUGGAGGUACGGAAGGUACCCUGCUAGAGCGCUUAGACACCUGCUGUACUCCAUUUGGAAAAAGACUGCUUAAACAAUGGCUGUGUGCCCCCCUCUGCAAUCCCACAUCCAUUAAGGACAGGUUGAAUGCAAUUGAAGACCUAAUGGGUGCUCCAGCACAAGCAACUGAGGCUACAGAACUCCUGAAGAAGCUUCCAGACCUUGAAAGGCUACUUAGCAAAAUCCAUAGCAUGGGUACUCCACUAAAGGGGCAGAAUCACCCAGACUGCAGGGCUGUGCUCUAUGAGGAGCUUGUCUAUAGUAAACGCAAGAUUGCAGACUUCCUCUCUGCACUGGAAGGGUUUAAGGCCAUGCAGGAGAUAGUGUCUCUUAUGGAAUCUGUUUCAGAAGGAUUCCAGUCCAAACUGCUGAGACAAGUGGUGCUCCUUAAAACUAAAUGUGAGGAUGGGCUCUUUCCUGACCUAACCCCAGAGCUUAACCGCUGGGACACUGCUUUUGACCAUCAAAAAGCACGCACCACCGGAGUGAUCACACCCAAGUCUGGCUUUGACCCAGAGUUUGAUCAGGCCGUGAGUGGAAUCAAAGACUCUGAGAGAGGUCUUCAGGAUUAUCUGGACCGACAGAAGAAAAGACUCGGUUGCAGAACUCUGUCCUAUUGGGGCACUGGAAGAAAUCGUUAUCAGAUGGAGGUUCCAGACAGUGUUUCUGAGAGAAACGUCCCAGAGGAGUAUGAGGUGAGGUCCACCAAGAAGGGCUGGAAGAGGUACUCAACAAAGGAAAUUGAGCGCUUGUUCUCAGAGUUGCAGAGCUGGGAGGAGAAGAGGGAUGCAGCAUUAAAAGACUGCAUGAGGAGACUGUUCUACAACUUCGACAAAAACUACAGGGACUGGCAGACUGCAGUGGAGUGCAUGGCUGUUCUCGAUGUGUUGCUGAGCUUGUCCCGGUACAGUCAGAGUGCAGAUGGGCCGAUGGCAAGACCUGAGGUAGUUCUCCCAGAGAGUGGUCCUCAGUCUUCACCUUUUCUGGACCUCAGAGGAUCCCGGCAUCCCUGUGUCACAAAGACCUUCUUUGGUGAUGAUUUCAUCCCCAAUGACAUCUUCAUUGGCUGUCCAGGCACUGAGGAAGAGGAGGGUGAAGACACCAACAAAGCUCUGGCGUCAUGUGUGCUUGUCACUGGACCAAACAUGGGAGGCAAAUCCACCCUGAUGAGACAGUGUGGCCUGGUGGUUAUCUUGGCUCAGCUGGGGUGCUAUGUUCCUGCUGACAGCCUGCGCCUCACUCCUGUUGACCGAGUGUUUACUCGCCUUGGUGCUUCUGAUCGCAUCAUGUCUGGUGAGAGUACCUUCUUUGUGGAGCUCAGUGAGACAGCCAGUAUCCUGCUUCAUGGGACCAACCAUUCACUUGUACUUCUGGAUGAACUGGGCAGGGGUACGGCUACCUAUGACGGCACAGCCAUAGCCAGUGCAGUGGUGAAAGAGCUGUCUGAGAAAAUUCACUGCCGGACCCUUUUCUCCACACACUAUCACUCAUUAGUGGAGGACUACGCCCAGGACCCCGCUGUCAAACUCGGACACAUGGCCUGCAUGGUGGAGAAUGAGUGUGAGGACCCGAGCCAGGAGACCAUAACCUUUCUCUACAAGUUCAUCAAUGGCGCUUGUCCCAAGAGCUACGGCUUCAACGCCGCCCGCCUGGCCAGUAUCCCAGAGGAGGUCAUCCAGUCAGGACAUCACAAAGCUCGCGAGUUUGAGAGGAACACAGUGGCCCUGAGGAUCUUCAAGAAACUCUGUGCGUUUGCUGAUGAUCCCACAGCUAAUGGAAAACGGUUUGCUAAGCUGGUACAGAUGAUCGGCGAGCUCUAAAAGAAACAGGUUUAUUCUCCCCAUGAGUUUUUGUUCAUCAAAUCAUUUUCAUUGGUUCUGACAUGAUCUAAUAAAGUUUAUUUUUAAAAAUGAA